AUGGGUAACACCACGGAUUUGCAGGAUUCCAAGAUGGAGAGCAAAACUGCUCGAGUGGAAUUCGUCGAAACUGAUGACACUGCUGUUGUGGAAUCAGCGUGUCUGUUCUGCGGUAAAACUGGUACAACUCGUAUUAUGUUGACCAAGAUUCCACAUUUUAGAGAUAUCAUUGUUAUCUCCUUUGAAUGUCCUACCUGCGGUUAUCGCAACAACGAACUUCAGCAUGCUGCGCCAUUGCAGGAUUACGGUGUCAAGAUUACGGCUAAGGUCUCAAAAACUGACCGACUAAACAAGCAAAUGGUGAUUUCUGGUUCAGCUACCUGUCGUAUAGAGGAGCUUGACUUUGAGAUGAAGCCAUUGGCAGAGAGGGGCUCAGUGACUACUAUCGAGGGUUAUUUAAUGAGGAUUUAUGAGUCACUGGACGAUCACAUUUUAUCCAUUGAGGAUGCGUUGCUGGCAAACCCUGAAAUCACAGUACAACUUACCACAGGAGAGGUGAAACACGCCUCAGAUUACAUCGAAAUGAUGAAAACUAUAAAGGAUCGUGUAUUCGACUACGCCGCAGGUUUAGAAGCUUUCACUUUGAUACUGGAUGAUCCUUCGGGUAACAGUUACAUUGAGUCGUCGGAUACUUUUACCGUAACCGUUGAGCGCUACGAACGUACCGAUGAGCAGCAGAAGAAACUAGGUUAUGCUGUCAAGGAAGACUUUAAGAAAGAGUUGGACCUGACCACCCCUAUGGAGGAUACCGAUGAUGUAGGCAAGGAAGGAUUUUCGUUACCGGUUGAGUGCCCUCACUGCGGUAACGAGGGUCGCAACAAGAUCUGUGAAGUUUUGGUACCAGGUUUCGGUCCCUGCGUGAUCAUGGCCUUUACUUGCGAGGGCUGUGGUGCGAAAUCAAAUGAAAUCAAACCUGGAGGUGGAUACAAGGACCGUGCAAAACGUUGGACUUUGACUGUGGACUGCAUCAGCGAUUUGAAUCGUGAUGUAAUCAUAUCGGAGACGGCUUCUGUACGUAUAGAACACCUGGAGAUGGACAUGUCUCCAGGUACACUAGGAGCUGCUUUUACCACUGUUGAGGGACUACUGGGUAAGAUAGUUGAGAGUUUGGAGAAAGCGUACCCUUUUGUUCUUGGUGACUCUGCUGAGGAUACACAUGCACCUCUUCGUGAAAAGGUUCGACAACUACAAGCACUGGCCUCCGGUGACCUUUCAUCACCGUUCGUUUUAGUUAUAGACGACCCAGCGGACCAUUCAUUUGUGGGUGCUCGUGCUUUGUAUGUAGGUGACGACUCUAAUCUUUCGGUGGAAUCAUACGACCGUACGCCUGAGCAGGACGAGCAGCUUGGAUUAACUGAUAUGAAAACGGAAGACUAUUAG